UCCAUCCAUCCCAGGCGAUAGUUUUUCCAUCCAUCCCAUGGCAAUAGUUUUCCUGGCAUGCUCUCCCCUAACCCCAUUUUCACUAAAACCCUUAACCCAACUUUUCUCCCUCCGCUUCCCAUCGGAGAAGAUUUCUCUGUCUUUUCUUUCUCCUUUCACCCCACCACUUACAAGGGCUUCUUGUUACACUGACGCCGUGAAGCCGGUGGUUGCAGCGCCCCUUGUGAAAUUAGAUUCUGAGAAGUACGGAAAGAAGCAGGUCAUCAGCCUCUCCCCACAGCUAUACGAGUAUGUCCUCGCCAAUGUCCGUGAGCCGCAGGUUCUUCGGGAGCUCCGUCAGGAAACGGCGGGCAUGCGUGGAAGUCAGAUGCAG